CUGCUAGUUCUGUCGUCCUGUGAUGGUGAUGAAAAGUUGGAUGUUAGAGAAAUCUGGCAUAGUACAAACCAUCAAGACAACUGUCAGCUUUAGCUCCUUUACUUUAAGUGACUAACUUCUAAAUUCAUCUGACCCAGAACCUAUGAACUUGGUUGGUGAUGCUAAAAAUUGUCAUCCCCAUCCCCACAGAAAAGGGGGAAAAGGCUGCAAGAGAUGCCAGACCGCCCUUGGCUACUGGCGCCCAGCAAAUCCCUACGUUCACACUUCCUGCGUGCGAAAUAAGUCCCAGGGCCGACGUAGCCUCACCUCCCAGACCUUCCGGCGGCGCCAAAAAAGGACCCCGAGUGUUGACGCAAGCAAGCGGGCCGCUGGACCCCGGUGGUGUGAGGUUUCACACGCUGGUGGAGGUUGUGAUGUGGGGUAUCCAGAGGUCUGCAUAGCUGAAGGACACUGGAAAAUUCCCUUACCUGCCCAGCCCCUGAAGUCAAUGAGUUUCCUGCCACUGCAAGUUCACUCCUCUAUGGCCUCACCUGGGGAAGUUCUCACGAAUGCUGCUUCUCUUCUGACCCAGAUCAUGGCUCACGUGGAUAAAGCAGCCCGCCAGCUGUCCAAAAGUGGGACGACCCUCUAUGCAGUGUUGGAGCUUCAGAAGGGUGCCUCACCUGAAGACAUCAAAAAGUCCUACAGGAACCUGGCCUUGAAGUAUCAUCCGGACAAGAAUCAAGGGGACGCUCAAGCAGCAGAAAUAUUCAAAGAGAUCAACACAGCUCACUCCAUACUGAGUGACCCUAAGAAGAAGAAAAUCUACGACCGGCAUGGCUCCCUGGGAGUAUAUAUAUAUGAUCAUUUUGGCGAAGAAGGUGUCACAUACUAUUUUACACUGAAUAGUUGUUGGUUCAAGACACUCGUCCUCUUUUGUGCUCUGCUCACCUGUUGCUGUUGCUGCUGCUUCUGCUGUUUUUGCUGUGGAGCACUGAAGCCACCUGAGGAGGUAGUGAGGAGAAAAUUCCAGCAGGACGCCCAGAAUCAGUCUUCGAGUUCAGGUGCUAACCCAGUGAAGGUGACUUCUGCUGCCCAGCCCACUGGACAGGUUGACAAGAGGAGCAAGUAGCCCUGUCCUGACAUUGACCUUGAUUUACCCCUCUUCUUGUAAGAAUCCCAACUUUAGAAGGAUGCUGUCUCUGUCCUUGAUAGUGUCACCGACCCUGGGGAUACAGGGUCGACCAGCUACUCCUUUUUAGCUCCAGUCCCAAUUUUAAUCUAUUAGAGAGCAGACCUCCUAUCCCUACCCUCAAGAGGUCUCAGGCAGUAAAGACAGACUU